AUGGAGAAGCUGGGGACCAACCAGAGGAAGGGACUGCAGGAAAACGCAGAGCACCUGAACAACAACAGAGGCCUGGGAUCUGCUGCUCCUGUAUCAGCUCCCACCACAGCUGGGCCGUGGCACUUCCUUUCUCAAGCUCCCAAAGAUGCCCGGGGAGCCGUUAGAAUCGGGCCAGACCGAAUGGGCUUGUCACAUCUGGCUGUCUGCACUUUGUCCUCCAAUUACCCAGCUCUGCUGAAGAAGUUAAGUCAGUCUGAGAUGUCGGAAGAACUUGUAAUCCACAUGUAGGUAUAUGGGCAUGAAGUAGGUAAGCUCUAGAACCUUGUUGAGGACACAAGUAUUUCCAGGAGUAGUAAGAAUUUUGCAGAAUUGGAGAAUUGGUCAUGCCUCCAAAUUUGUGUGGUUUGUGAAAUCUCCUCUUGCAAGAAGAAAGAGGAAUAG